AUGGAGAACUCCUUUAAUAUGAUGAUCGUCAAUAGGGCACUCUCCAUCUCUUGUUGUCUGAUGAUGAUGAUGAUGAUGAUGUUCAACUUGGCAGUGGCUGUUCCUCAGCCAGCCAUUAAGGCAAUAUGCGAUGCAACCGACUAUCCAGCGCUAUGUCAAUCCUCCAUCAUCCCAUACCUAGAUGGACACACCGACCCUGCAUCGGUCCUCAUCAUGCACAUACUUGCCGGGAUUCAUACCACCGAAGAAGCCAUCCAGAUUGCCAAGCAUGCCUUGCCUUCCGCCACACAUUACGAUGCUCAGAGGUAUGAAGUUUGCCUGGAUACCUACGAUUCGGCAAUGGAUUCCUGGAAGAGUGCAAUCAGGUUCACUAAAGUAGGAAAAGGUUUCGAGGUCGCCAAUGAUCUUUCUGCGGUUGCCUCAAUGAUUUCCAGUUGCGAUGAUGCCUUUACUGAUGACGACCCAACCGUCCCAAACAAAUCUCCCCUCGGUCAAAUUGAUCAGUUGCUCAUGCACAUGGACAGCAACUGCCUUGCUAUUCGCCUCAAGGCUUUCCCCGAUUCUAAUUAA